AUGGGUCACGGCACCAACGAUUGGUUUGGCACACAUUGUCAGUAUUCGUUUGAUAGAGAGAAAUACUCAGAUAAGUCAUUCGAUGAAACAGUAACAGCACAAGUUGACUACAAGACACCGUUACACCUAGACUAUACAAGGCUUAAUAAAACACCGUUUACAUGUUAUAUUAGUUUAAAUAAAUGUAAUUCAGCAUUAUGUUUGGAUUGGCGACAAAUUUGUGACGGAAAUUUUAAUUGUGAAAACGGUGAAGAUGAGCCCCGAGAUUGCUUAGAAUUGAAAUUAAAUGAAUGUGAAGACAAUGAAUAUCGAUGUCGUAAUGGCAUGUGUAUACCAAAGACAUUUCUUCUUGAUUUUAGUCCUGAUUGUAUGGAUUUGGAUGAUGAACAUGAUACAUAUCUUGCAUAUAAAUAUGAAGUUGAAGUUUCUCCAUAA